GCCGAGAAACCCCAGCAUUCUUUAACCACUCUCCCUCGCUCGCUCGCUCGUCUCGGAGCCCCCCCUCUUCCUAUUUUCCAUCUCUGUCGCGACCCUGAAAGAGGAAGUGGAUGGCAUCUAAACUGCACCAGCUUCGGUCCAAGGCUGUUCAAGCCUCAGAAUUUGUGGCAAAGCAUGGAAGCGCCUACUAUAAAGAGCUAAUGGAGAAGAACAAGAAAUACGUUGUGGAUCCACCCACCAUUGAGAAAUGCCAAGAGCUGUCAAAACAGCUCUUUUACACACGUCUUGCAAGCAUUCCAGGCCGUUACGAGGCAUUCUGGGAAGAGCUUAAUGGUGUGAAGCACAUAUGGAGAAACAGGAAUGAGCUCAGGGUUGAGGAUGCUGGCGUUGCAGCUCUGUUUGGACUUGAGUUGUACGCAUGGUUCUGUGUUGGUGAGAUUGUGGGAAGGGGGUUCACUUUCACUGGUUACUAUGUCUGAGAAAGCAGGCUUGCUUCCAGUUUUCCCUGUUUCGAGUUUAAUGUCAUUGGGGUGAUUUUCUGACCUCAUUUUACUUGCAAAAUUUUGUCUACCCAUAAAUUUUUGAAGCUGGUGGUCGGCAAGACAAGCAUCGUCACCUUAAUAAUUUGCAGCCUUGUUUGUAUUCUUGGUGUCACAUCAAUCAGACUUAUCGCACCAUACUGGUCUCUUUCAUUGAAAAUCUAUAUUUUAUUAGGUUAAUGGUAUUCA